AUGUUGCUCUUCGUGGAGGUAACAUCUGAAGGAACUGGUUUAAAUCCUAAUGCCAAAGUAUGGCAAGAUUCUCCUGGAACCCCUGAUGCCACUCCUGUAACUCAUGGAACUGAAAGCUCUUGGCAUGAAACAGCAGCCACAUCAGGGUCUCAUCCUGAAGGAAAUGCUGAGCUUUCAGAAGAUAUGUGUAAGGAAUAUGAAGUAAUGUAUUCUCCAUCUUGUGAAACCACAAGAAACACUACAGGCAUUGAAGAAUCAACUGAUGGAAUGAUAUUAGGACCUGAAGAGCUGAGUUACCAAAUAUAUGAUGUUUCUGGAGAAAGCAGUUCAGCAAUUUCUACAGAAGACCUAAAAGAAUGUCUAAAUAAACAAUUAGAAUUCUGUUUUUCAAGAGAAAACUUGUCAAAGGAUCUUUAUUUGAUAUCUCAGAUGGAUAGUGAUCAGUUCGUCCCAAUUUGGACAAUUGCUAACAUGGAAGAAAUAAAAAAGCUGACCACAGAUCCUGAUCUAAUUCUUGAAGUGUUGAGAUCUUCUCCUAUGGUACAAGUUGAUGAGAAAGGUGAGAAGGUGAGACCAAGUCAUAAGCGUUGUAUUGUGAUUCUCAGAGAGAUUCCUGAAACAACACCAGUAGAGGAAGUGAAAGCUUUGUUUAAAAGUGAAAACUGCCCCAAAGUGAUAAACUGUGAGUUUGCACACAAUAGCAACUGGUAUAUCACUUUUCAGUCAGACACAGAUGCACAACAGGCUUUUAAAUACUUAAGAGAAGAAGUUAAAACAUUUCAGGGCAAGCCAGGCAUGGCAAGGAUAAAAGCCAUCAACACUUUUUUUGCUAAGAAUGGUUAUCGAUUAAUGGAUUCUGGUAUGUAUAGUCAGCCCAUUCAAACUCAAGCACAGUAUGCCUCACCAGUCUUUAUGCAGCCUGUAUAUAAUCCUCACCAACAGUACUCAGUCUAUAGUAUUAUGCCUCAGUCUUGGUCUCCAAGUCCUGCACCCUACUUUGAAACGCCACUGGCUCCCUUUCCCAAUGGUAGUUUUGUGAAUGGCUUUAAUUCACCAGGAUCUUAUAAAACAAAUGCUGCUGCUAUGAAUAUUGGUCGACCAUUCCAAAAAAAUCGUGUGAAGCCUCAUUUUAGGUCAUCCAGUGGCUCAGAAUAUUCAACAGAGGGUUCUGUAUCACUGGGGGAUGGACCAUUGAACAGAUCUAGUUCAAGGAACUUUCCACCCGAACGGCCUAACCCUAUGGUAACAGGGAAUCAGGAGCAAACUCAACUUCCCAAGGAGACUCCUGUUUUACAAGUGGAACAGAAUGGGGACUAUGGUAGGGGCAGGAGAACUGUUUUCAGAGGUCGAAGACAGCAAGAAGAUGACAGAGUCCCAAAACCCCAUCCUUCAACAGCUGAAACAAAGGCUCCAACACCAAAGUUUGACUUACUAGCUUCAAACUUUCCUCCACUACCUGGCAGUUCAUCAAGAAUGCCAGGUGAACUGAUUUUGGAGAACAGAAUGUCUGAUGUUGUUAAAGGUGUCUACAAAGAAAAGGAUAAUGAAGACUUGAGACACAACUCAGCAAGAAAAGGAUCUGAUAGAGGAAUCCACUGUUCAGAAGGACAUUCUCAAUCACAUGACUAUACCAGUUUCUUCCCCAAGCACUACAAAGACAUCACGGGCAAAUACUGCUUCACCAAGUAAUAGUAACAUAAAUGCAUCUGGAGCUGUGACCCUACAGGAACCUCGAAAGUUAAGUUAUGCUGAAGUGUGCCAGAAGCCCCCUAAAGAGCCAGUUCCAGUUCUUGUGCAGCCACUACGGGAACUUCGCUCCAAUGUUGUGU